AUGGCGUCAUCAUACGUCACCUUCUCAACGGUCACUCCGGCGGUAGGCGGCAGUAACGGUAUCGACAACAAUCGAAGCUUCGAUCGCUUAGCCUUCGCGCGCCGCCGUUUAGCUCCAUCACCGAAUGCCGGGAGGAGAAUAUUCAGAGCUUCGGUUUUGGCGAAAUCGUCGACGGAGAAGGCGAUGGAGUACAGGAAAUUGGGGGAUUCCGAGCUCAAUAUCAGCGAAAUCACUAUGGGAACUAUGACAUUUGGGGAGCAAAAUACGGAGAAGGAAUCUCAUGAGAUGCUGAGUUAUGCAGUUGAACAUGGCAUCAACUGUAUAGACACUGCCGAAGCGUAUCCUGUCCCGAUGAAGAAGGAGACGCAAGGUAAAACGGAUCUUUAUAUCAGUAGCUGGUUGAAGUCUCAGCGCCGUGACAAGCUUGUUUUGGCAACUAAAGUAUGUGGGUUUUCAGAAAGAACAGCAUACUUGCGGGAAAAUGCUGAGGUUACGCGUGUAGAUGCAGCUAAUAUCAAAGAAAGUGUCGAGAAUAGUCUUAAGCGCCUUGGAACUGACUACAUUGAUUUGCUUCAAAUACACUGGCCAGAUCGGUAUGUACCACUCUUUGGUGAGAAUUACUAUGAUCCGUUGAAAUGGAGAGAUAGUGUGCCAUUUGUCGAGCAGCUAAGAGCCUUCCAGGAUCUCAUAGAUGAAGGAAAGGUUCGCUACAUCGGUGUAUCAAAUGAAACUUCGUAUGGAGUGAUGGAGUUUGUUCACACAGCUAAACUUGAAGGCCUACCGAAGAUUGUUAGCAUCCAGAAUAGUUACAGCUUGCUUGCUCGAUCCCGUUUUGAAGCUGAUCUGGUAGAAGUAUGCCACCCGAAAAAUUGCAAUGUUGGCCUGCUUGCUUAUUCCCCUCUCGGAGGCGGUUCGUUGUCAGGAAAAUACUUGGUUGCAGACCCAGAAGCUACUAAAAAGUCAAGGCUGAAUCUUUUCCCUGGAUUCAUGGAACGUUACAAUGGAUCCCUAGCCAAGGAAGCAACGAUUCAAUACAUUGAGGUGGCGAAGAAGCACGGUUUAACUCCGGUAGAGCUAGCUCUCGGGUUUGUACGUGACCGUCCUUUUGUGACGAGCACGAUCAUUGGAUCUACAUCAGUUGAGCAACUUGAAGAAGACAUUGAUGCUUUUCUGAUGACUGAGCGGCCGUUUUCGCCGGAAGUUAUGGCUGAUAUUGAAGCCGUUUUCAGAAGUUUCCAUUCAUAUGCCAAUUCGUCAUUCUUAACUCUCCUCAUUCCCAUCCUCGGCUCUCUUGUUACCAGUAGACGUCGACUCUUCUUUGUCGAAACAGAGAGGAAACGCCAGUAA